GAAUUUGCCGCCAGACUGCAGGCAAAACCGAAAACGAAAAUUAGUAGGCCUAGAUGAGAUGAAUCUUAAAUUUUUCUGAAAUUCUAACGAGACCUGUCCUGCAGGAUGUGGUACAUCAUUUCAGCCAGCAACCCGUCUGUGAAGUACUGUUUAGUGGUCGGGAAGGAUAUCACCAUUGGCAGAAAGGAUGCUGACAUUGUGUUAGCCACUGACCCAACCGUUAGCCGCAAACAUGCUGUCAUUCAAGUGUCGCAUGCAGAGGCCAAUCUGUCAUUUCCUAACAGACUACCUAUUGUCACCAUUAAAGACGAAUCUAGAUAUGGCACUUGGGUGAAUAACACCCAGCUGCCUCCUAAAGGACAGAUUCAACUCAAAGAUGGAGACCACGUGAAGUUUGGGUCACCAAAAUCCAUUUUUAUGUGUGUUUAUGAGCCUCUGGUGAUAAGCACUUCUUGUCUAGACACUGGUCAGAAGAGAGCAGUCAGGAAACUGGUGUGUAAACUGGGGGGUCAUGUGGUGAAGGACUGGCAGAGGGACUGUUCAAUGCUUGUCAUGACAAGCCUGAGUGUAACCGUGAAGGUGGUGUCUGCUAUGGUGUCACUGAAGCCAAUAGUCACAGUGGAUUAUCUGAUAACAUUGGAGAAGUCUUUAGAGGAGAACACGGACUUGCCAGAUCCUACAGAGUUUACUCCCAUUCUUAAUGAUCCCCACCUAAACACAGAUGAAGUAUGUUUCAAACCCAAUCCAGCGAGGCGGAAGCUUUUUGAAGGAAAGAGCUUCAUUUUCCUGAGUAACACCCAGUUUACCAAGUUGCGGCUGACAGUGGAGAUGGCAGGAGGCACGCCACUAUUGCAGGAAUCGCCUGGUGACAGAUGUGGCAUGCUGGUAGAAGACAACACAGUUGUGAUGCAUGCUGACCCUGGAGAUCCCAGCCUCACAGAGAAAGCCAGGAAAUGGGUGACCAAAGUAAUCAAUGUACUAAAAAGGCACAAAAAGAGGAUGAUUCCUGACUGUGAGAUAGGCUAUGCUGUUUUGUAUUGUUGCACAGAGAAGCACUGUAACCCAGACCUGCAGCCAGUGCAAGAGCUGGGCUUGGCACUCCCAUCACAGAGCUUGUCAGAACGACCCUUCUCCCAGGAUCCUGAUGUACUUGUCCCUAACACAGAGCCUUUCUCACAGAAAAAACAGUCACAGAUGGAAAGACGGAAGACAGGUCGGAGUAGACAGCUGGUUGGUGUGCAGUCAAGGGCUACAGCAGUCGCCCCCAGGCAUGAAGAUGGUAAAGUUGUGGUGAAAAUGGAAACAAAGACUGAGGAUAGUCAGGAUGGCCAUACUUCUGCAGGAGCGAAGGAUACAGGAGACUUCAGUGUGGAUACCAAGCCAGUUGGGGAUAUUCUUACAGGAGUGAAUGAUGCAGGAGACUUCAGUGUGGAUACCAAGCCAGUCGGGGAUAUUCUCACUCCAGCAAGUAUUCCAAGAAAGAGAGCCCGGGGUACUGACGAUGACAGCCACUCAAUGCCCGAUCCAAAAUCAGCAAGAAUAAGCCCAGACAUAUCAUGUACAGUAAGAGUAAAGUCUGAAAAGCCUGAAGGGACAGUGCAGGGGGAGACAACUCCACAAGGCAUCAGAAGGAAACAUAUGGGCAGAGAAGCAGAUAGUACUGGCAGUUCAUCAGAUGACCAGGGAACAUUUGUGCGACCUGGCAGGAGAAAUAGAGGGAAAAUUUUGGUACAGGACACUGAGGUGGACAGUUAUGGUGCAGGAGGUCGUGUACAAGUUUCAGACAGUGAAGGGCCAGGACGUGUGUCUGACUCGGACCCUGAAUCAAGACCCGUAGAGAUGAAGACACCUGGUGGCAGGAAGCUGAGUUACCGAAGCUCCUCUGAAGACCCAGAACUACCUUACCAACAUACAUCCGCACAAGGAGAGCUAGGCGACGUGAAAUCAGAGCCUGUAUCUGUUGUAAUAGGAGAUGACUCUGAGACAGAACUGUUUAGGGAAGAUGCAAAUGAUAAUGUGGUGACAGCACCCCAGCAGAAGAGAGUGAAGAGAUCUGGGGACGAUGAAGAGGUGGCAGAGGAAGAUGUAGAUCAGCUAGAGUCUGUUGUGUGCAAGGAUGAGGCUGAAGAGGUGACAGAGAACAGACUGGCCGUACAAGACACUGAUGUCCCCACAGGUUUCCUUACCACACGGCUACCCAUACAGGAUCAGGUACUUGCAGCGGAUGGUUUUGUGAAGGAGGAAGUAACUGCCCAGGUUCUCGUGGAGUUUAAAUCCCUCAUGGUGAGGCAUCCUUAUAGGACUGACCCUGUCUCCAGAAAUGUUACUGACAAGGAGGGCUUCAUCAUGUGGAAGGGCAAGAAAGUGCGGAACUUCAAAAAAUUCAGAAAGAGUCAGCAUGUAGGAUGUGGAAGCUUACCUCAGAUCAUUGGGGGUAGUGAUCUAGAGCCUCAUGUCAACAACCCGAGAGAGGAGUUAGAUCAGUGGUACAGCGAGGCACUACAGGCUGAAAGUCAGCAAAACGAAGCAGACAGAAUGGCAUCCCAACUUUUUGACUGGGACAGUAAAUCUCCCAGAGGUAAAAUCCCUGCUAAACGUUCCAGAUGAAGGCUCCAGACGGACUGAUCAUCCCAUGAGAACAGACAUGCCAAAAACUUUACCAACUGACAAGUUUUGGAGUCUGCAUUCUGCAGAAGUUUUUUUUCCCUAUUACUUAGUCACAUGUGUUAAAUUUGGAAAUAAACUCCAAAUAGAAAUGUGCUUUAAUCAUAUUGAAUAAAGAUAUAAGGAGAAACAUUGCUAUGUUUUUACCUCAGUUUUGGCCUGGUUAUAGCCAAGUGGUUAAGAUGUUUGCCUUGUAACUGCUAAGGCACGCAAACUGUUGGUUCUGUCCCAGUUUAAGAGAGAAUUACUUCAAGAUUCUUCUGUACCCGUUGUUCUUGAGCUUGGAGUUUGAAUUAUUCACCAGAAUAUACUACAAUAAUUCAAUAAAUAGAAGAAGCAUAAAUUCUCAAGACCGUUAGAAAACAUAUAUAAAAUAUAUGAAGCAAUAUAUAACCCCAUGAUGUUUGUUUUAGUCCAGUUAUAUGAAUUACAUGUUGACCUCAUGAAAGGAAUAUUCCAUGAAACAAUAACGUGUAAGAGAUCAGUGAUGUAAUAAUAUAUAUAUAAUGUAGCUGAUGAAUAUAGGUUACAUCUGAUGAUCUGAGGCUGCCAUGGAGAUCAUUUGCUUAAUUGAGACUACAAAGUGUUUCUGGAAUGUAUGUGUGUUACCUGCUUUAUUUCCUAUUUGUAUAAUUUCUUACAUACCUUUGUCUUUGGGAGCUAGGGUUAAACGUUGUUUUGGAAAUGGAUCUUGCGAUUAUCGACUUGGAACGCCCUUUACGGACUACGAAUGGUAUACGAAUGUCGGACAUAACGCUUAUAUUUAUGUUAGAUCUACCUUGGAGUCUUCAAUAAUGGAAUGGAUGUCAUAGAUUUCUGAUAGUUCUGCGUGCUGUUCAACAGUCGAGGGUAUUUGAUUUUAAUGGAGUUGGUGAAAGUAAGGACAAUAUAAGUUGAGAGAAGCAUGAUGUCCAGAUUUUUCUGGAACUAUAAUUUGACAUUGAAAAGAUUUGUAAACAAAAUAAGUCAUGUGAUUGCUGAUUUCAGAAAGAGUCAAAAUAUUUCUUUUUAUAAAUGAUGAUUAUAUAUACCUAUGCGAGAGAUUAGGCGAACAGGUCGCUUCUGGAGAGUCAGUAACGUUUGUAAAUGGCUUUUGAAAGUGUUACCCAUCCUAGAUUACAAGAGGUUGAAUACCAUGAUAUAAGAGAAAUAUACAAAAGGAACAAAGACUUUUCUAUUAGACAUUUAUUCUUUGUGGAACGCCACAUUUAAUAUAGCUAUUGGCUGAUGGAGAAUUCUUAUAUUGGACAUUCAUG